GUGCACACAACUACAUUACUACGAAGCAUCCCCCGCACCAACUUUCUUUCGCUUCUUCCGCGUGUCGCCGCGCCGGUCGCUCGGGACCUUCGUGUUGUCGCGGUCGUAGAAGCGCCGGAACAGGUCGACGGCCUCCGCCUUCCGCAGGCCCCCGACGCAGGGGAAGGCGCGGUCGUGCAGGGACAGGAUCGAUCCGCAUCCGCCGAAUUUCUCGUUGGAACACCCGAAGAAGCACCGCCGCAGCCCGAGCUGCGCGAGCGCCGACGCGCACAUGAUGCAGGGCUCGCACGUCACGUAGAGGGUGGCCGCGCGCCAGUCGACGGCGCACCGCUCCGCGAGCGCCGCGUCCACGGCGACGAGCUCGGCGUGGCGCGUCGCGUCCAUGGCCGCGUUCGUCUCGUUCGCGCCGCGCGCGACCUCGACGCCGUCGACGACAAAGACGGCGCCGACCGGCACCUCGCCCUGCCGCACGGCGGCGUCGGCGAGGUCCAGCGCCCUUUGCAUCCACCUAUCGUGCUGGGACGCGUCGUCGUGCUGGCCCGCAUCGUCGGCGUCGGCGGUUUCCAUCUGUGUGCGGCAGCGCUUCGGUUUACGUCUUGCUCCGCGCUGCAGUGUGUUGCUGCUGCUGGCAGCCACGCUGUGCCCUGCUGUCCAGAGCGGCUGUCGCUGCCGCAGUUGCUGUGGUGUGCUCGCACGAGUAGAACGAAGACCUAUGCUGCACUCGAGGACCUCUGUGAGCUCUAGCAG